AUUCAUGAAAGGCAUACGAAUUAUCGACACUUACGGGCACUCAAGUCAUGCUUUUGGUGGCCUCAGAGACGGGUCAUGUCUACACAUUCGCCACACGAAAACUACAGCCUAUGAUCACUUCAGACGCGGGCAAAGCGCUGAUCCAGACGUGUCUCAACUCACCCGACCCUAACGGUCUCCACUGUGGCGACCAACGCAUGUCUGCCACCGGUUUCGAGGAGACGGACCUCUCAUAUGCUGUCGGAGAUGACUCUCCCAAUGAUAAGUCGUGUUCAUCCAUGUCCUCGCCGACCUCUUGUCUGUCAAUGUGUGGCAAUAAUAACCAAAAUAAUAACCACAGCAACCAUAGCACUAAUGGUCUGCACGCGCUCUUCGGCGACACCACUCUAUCAUUGGAUCAGUUUGUCGUUACCGAUGGGAUGGGAGAGUAUAAGAGUGACGAAUCAUGUGAGCCCUCCGGACACUGUCUGUCGAGCGGCGAGUCCUCAGAUAACGGUGCGGACGACUCGCCCGAACUGCUGACCGGUGUUCUCAAUACAGGCGCUGCCGUGUCGACGGGUCCGACCACUUAUGCACAGCUCGAAAACGCUUUACCACUCAAUUAUUUAAAUGAAGUCAAUCUAAUCAACAAUAAGAUCACUAAUCGUCAAUUGAUUUCACAGUUGACUAACUCUAAUGUGCUAUCUAAUCAGACAUCACUGUCGCACACAUCGCAGUCGACAAUGCCGUCGCUGUCCUCUCUGGUGACCACCACCUCAUCGCUACAGUUGACGCCAAACACCGGAACAAUAAGUAGUGCAUCGAAAUUGGGAACAAUUGGAUCCAAUCCUAAAGCCAACCAAACAAUACACAUGAGUCACACAUCAGCCCAACAAUUGUUAAGCGCCGGAAAUAUCCUAUUAUGUGCCAAUGGAAACCAAAUAACAUUACCCACUGCCCAGUCAUCCCAGUCCUCAUCGAAUAAUGGGCCGACACUUAUGUAUAAUCCCACUCAAGGUCUAGUGUACGCCACGGCCGGCGCCGCUAACAACGCCGGUAAUGCCAGCCUUAUAACCGACGGACUUAUACUUAAUUUGGGACAAAAUCAUAGCACCGGUAACACUGAGGUUCUCAUCAAUAAUAACACAUUUUCACAACUACAUUUACAACAGACAAAGCCAAUGACCAGUAGUGUUAAUCAGACAUCGGGUGCUAAACGUGGGGACGGGGUUAAGAAGCAACGAAUGAAAUGAUAAUUGAAGUCAUAAUUUCAAUACAAAAACCUUAAAAUUGAAUUUUAUAUAAAAAUUAUUGUAUUUUAGAUGAGAAAAGG